AUGAACUGUACUGAUGCUCAGAGAGUGCAGUUUGGUACUCAUAUGCUGGAAAAGGAAGCUGAAGAUUGGUGGAACAACACUCUUCAGAGGUUUGAAGAAGAUGGAAUUGAAGUUACUUGGGAUCUUUUCCGUGAUGUUUUCUUGGAGAACUAUUUUCCUGAAGAUUGUCGUGGGAAGAAAGAGGAUAGUAGAGAGAGUUCCUCUAUCUACAAGAUUUUGAAAGGAAAGAAUCAGGAUUGUGGGAAACCGUAUGAUGAUAAGAGGAAACAAGCUGGUUUUGGCAAGAAGCCAAGUUGGGGAGGAUCUUCUAAUUCACCUAAGUGCUUCAGAUGUGGAGUUGAGGGUCAUAAAGCUGCUGAGUGCAAGAAAGAGGUUACUACUUGUUUCAAGUGUGGCAAGUAUGGUCACAUAGCUACUAAUUGUAGAGGUGGUUCGAAUGUGACUUGUUUCAAAUGUGGAGAGAAAGGCCACGUUAGUACAAAAUGUGACAAGCCAAAGAAGGAGCAAGCAAAAGGAAAAGUGUUCGCAUUGUCUGGUGCGGGAGCCACUACUGAUGAGAGGCUAAUUUAA